GCUGAGGGCUGAAAAAACCCUCUCAAACCACUUUGUCAUGCUCGGCGCUGAGAUCAUCACUGUGCGUCCUCUCUUCAGACACCCCGCUGUCCACUCCGUCAUGUUUACCGUGUAGUUCAGUGAUCUGAGGCUAUUGUGUCGAUCGCGGCGAGCUGUUGAAUCAUUACUUUAUAGCACCGUGAAUAGACGUCGUAGGCAACGCUUGAUUUCUUUCAACAUGGAGUCCGGGGAGGCCAACGAGGAGAGGACAGGCUCCCUGUCGGCGGCGCAGAGGAGAGCAGAGAUCCGGAGGAGAAAACUGCUCAUGAAUUCGGAGGAUAGGAUGAACAGGAUCGUGGGAUUCGCCAAAAACGAGUCUGAAAAUAACGCAGGAGCUUCUCGGCGCCCCGCAGAACCCCGCUUCCACCUCGAUCUUGACAGGACAGAGGCGUGGUCCUCAUGCCCGUCUUCCCAGAGACCGUCACCUUUCCUGCCAGAGGUUUCGGGGCUCGGCAGCCGCUCCCACAGCGCCACCCCAGAGAGAAGGGGCUCACCCCUGCCCGAAUGCAGUGAUCUGACUGGAUGCUCUCUGGAUGACGACAUCGCAGGGGUUCGGCAGAGACCAAGGGGGGAGCGGGCAUCAGAUGACCUCAGCGGGUCCCCGCGCCGAGGCCUCCAGAAGUACCUGUCUCGUUUUGACGAUGCCAUGAAACUGCGGGGUCAGCUGGCCAAUGAGAAGCCGCCCCAGGACGGAGGGUCUGACGCAGAGGAGUUUGAUCCCUUCAGAGUCUUCAGGCUCAUCGGCAGCGUCCUCCUCGCUGUUUUUGUCAGGGUUUUUGUUUGCAAGUAUCUGUCAAUAUUUGCUCCAUUUCUGACCCUUGAACUGGCUUACAUGGGCUUGUCCAAAUACUUUCCAAAGGUAGAGAAGAAGACCCAGACCACUGUGCUAACCGCUGCCCUGCUGCUGUCCGGCAUUCCCGCCGAAGUCAUCAACCGCUCCAUGGACACCUACAGGAGGAUGGGCGACGUCUUCGCUGACCUCUGUGUCUACUUCUUCACCUUCAUCCUCUCGCACGAGAUCCUGCUGUUCAUUGGCUCAGAGACUCCCUGACAUACCAGGAGGACCUCAGUAACCCAGCCCUCCUUCUUGUUGGCCCCUCCCUCUGUCUCCACUUAGCAACAAAGCAUGCUCAUUUACACCCUCUGAUGUGGGUUUGUUGUUGAGGGUCUGGAAAUGAAUCCCUGCUGUCUUAUGAUCAGUGCGGUGUGUCGGCUGGACGAGUGCUUAUCACUUCAGCGCUUCAGGAUUUCCACUAAGGCUAAACUACAUGCUACUAGCGUGUCCAGUGUUUGUUUCAGAUCUCCAAGUUACAUUUACCCAGCACAGAAGCUCAGAAAAGGAACAAGUUUGUGUGUGUAUGUGUGAAGAAUGUACAGGCAUUUAUAAUGCUGGGUGAUAUUUAUUUAUCGAGCAGGAAAAUGGUAAAUGUGGUACUGAAGAGUGGACAACAGUAGGCCUACAGUUCAUCAUCAGCCUGACCUUACAUUGGGACGCCACAGAUUCCUUUUAACUGAUAAAUGGGAAACACUGGAGUCCCUCAAGGGAAAUUCAUUAAUUUAAAAAUUCUGUUACUAAUGCAAGUUUGUAUUACCAUAAUGCAAUUCCACUGAAAGCUAAUAGACAAUGAUAUUGAAUUAUUGCCCAGCCCUGAGCCCCUUCAUAUCCUAAUAAACUCUAAAAAAGGCAAGGUGUCAUAUUCUCAGCCAAUACCACCAGGGUUGGUAUUGGCUGGUAUUACCAGGUGCCUGACCCUGCUGUGAAACCACAUCUACUUUGGAGGUUCAGUUGAUGAUCUCCCAACUAGUUUACAACACUACAAAUGCCUUUCUGUCAUAUUAGUCAGCCCUGCAGUGGCUUAGACAGGGCUGGGGUCAGUUCAUGCCCUUCAAAACCUGAAUCUGAACUUCACAGACAGCUGAUAGACCUUUUUCAGAGUAAAAUAUUUUAAAACAUUUUGGCAUAAAUUAGUUCCUGAAUCGACUGAAAUCCCAGAGUGAAGAGGUUGAUUGAGGCUCUUGAUCUUUUUUGUUGAGGGUUUAACAAAGAGUAUUAUAAGAACUGACAGAAGUAGGUGAUUUACUUUCCCCGCAUACAGAAUAUCUUCACCCCUGCUGAUCACUUGCAGUGUCUGUGCUUCACGCUGUAGACAACCUUGAGGCUUUUCAGUUGUAUCAUCAAUAGUGACCAUGACGGUACAACAAAGAGCUUCUUUUAAGAAUAAGCUUAAAAUAAUUGAAGAUAAGGAACAGUAGAAAAUGUGUGCUCUGAGAUUAGUUUCAAGAUUUAGAACAUUUGAUUUCUGAUUUUAUUCUCAGGAUUCUUAUUUAAAAAUUUGAAUUAUUUUGUCUUUUGUGGAUUCUGUGAUUAAUCUCGGAGAUCUUUGUUCACAUACAGCCCUCCUUCCUGCCAUACAUGCAUCAGCUAGCAAGAAAAGUCUGAACUACAGUUUCACAAGCCAAGGCACGGCCGCACGGUCACCUCAAAGCUUUCUGUCGAGAAUGAGUUCAGGAAGCAACUGCAGCCCUGAAAUCAGCCUACAUUUAAACACUUUAAUGAUCUAAUUUUAGGAGAAACAGCCGUUAUUUUGCUCUUAAUACCGUGUACUGAGCUAGAGGGUAGAACAGAGGGCAAGAGGGAACAAAACUACUCUUGAUAAAUGAAAUAAAUGAGUGUGAAUGGAUUGAGAACAGAUGACAGAGUUGUCUCAAUGGCAUCGAACUCUAAGCUUGUUAUUUUGAGGUAACAAAACAUGAGGAACAGUUACACACGUGGGCGUCCAGCCUCGUUAGGGAGUAAGUUAGAAAGUAAAAAGAUAAAGAUAGUUUGAGUUUAGAAAACUUUUUUUUUUUUUUGGUGGCAUUGUCGUCUUGCACAAGCAGGAGUUGCUGAAUUCUUCAUCAACUGAAAAACAGAGCAACUGAACUUGGUUCGAUAGAUCAGCAGCAGUCCAGUUCCUGAUGAUUUUUAUUUGGUGUCUUAAGAACUUGAACUCUCCUUUUAAUUGGUGGAUAUGAAUCAUGUAUUUGUGUUAUGACACAUCUUUUCAUAGGCAGUGCUUUAAUUUGUUUUCUGUUGCGAUCUGUCCUCCAGUGUUCAAAAGGGUCCACCUACAUUAUGAACAGGUUUUCUUCCUUUGUUUAAGUUGUGAAGUCAGAAGAGGCAUUUACUCCUUGAAGGUGGAGUGUAUUAUUUUGCACGUCUAUGAGCUGACAAACGCAGUAAACUUCAUACAGUAUAUGUACGUAAUGAAAAGUGUGGUUAAUGGCAAUGUAUUGGGUUUUAAUGGAAAGUACUGUCACCGCAGUUCGGCGAGAGGCAGUGGGAGUUUGUAGGCUUAUUUGUGUUGAGUAAUUCUGGUGACGUGUCCUGCUCAUUCAUACAUACUUUAUAAUAGUAUACUCUCUACUUCUGUGCUGUUAAUGUCUUUGCUGCAUACCUUUAAUUUCAUCCAAAUUAAUUUAUUAAUGUGAAUCUUUUUUUCAUGUAAAUGAAUUGGUGUGAUUUAUCUUACGACUUGUCUGACCUACUUGAUUGUUUUUGAUAAUGUUUACAGAUAACUGUUUUUAAUGGCUCUUACAGUAGUUAUUUGAACUUAACGAACAAAUUUAGUGUUGACAUGAUGUAAACAGUUUCUGCUUAAAAAAGAAAAAUCCAAUAACCGAACAGUUCAUACCAAAUAAAUACUACUUGUGUGACAUACUGUUUAGAAUCUCACUUUCUUGAUUUGUUUAUUGGAUAGGUUAUUGGAUGUAACCGGGACAGUGCACAGUAAUAAACAUCACUGAAAACCUG